AUGAGCGCCCCCAUCCUCUCCAUCGACACGCAGCACGAGGACAUGAUCCACGACGCACAGCUGGACUACUACGGCAAGCGUCUGGCCACCUGCUCCUCGGACCGCACUAUUAAGGUGUACGACGUCACGGGCGACGUGCAGAACAACGAGCAGAUCCUGACGGGCCACGAAGGCCCCGUGUGGCAAGUGUCGUGGGCACACCCCAAGUUUGGCGUAUUGCUGGCGGCCUGUUCGUACGACGGUAAGGUGAUCAUCUACCGCGAACAGAGCUUGAACCAGUGGACCCAGGCCUACGUCCACGCCUUCCACGAGUCCUCGGUCAACAGCAUCGCCUGGGCGCCGCACGAGUACGGCCUUGCACUCGCCUGUGCCUCUGCUGACGGCACCGUCUCCGUUCUCAGCUACUCUCCGGAGGGCUGGAGCGUGAGCCAUUUCAAGGACAGUGCGCUGGGCUGCAACGCCGUGAGCUGGGCUCCAUUCAACUCAGUGGGAUCGCAGGGCCCGUCGGGCCCCAUCCGCCGCGUGGUGACGGCGUCGUGCGACAAGACCAUCAAGAUCUGGAGCCUGCCUGAGGGCGAGUCGGAGUGGACCAAGCAGGAGCUGAGCGCUGUUCCCGCUCACAGCGACUGGGUGCGAGAUGUGGCGUGGGCCCCGAGUACGGGAUUGCCCGUGAACCUCAUUGCCAGUUGCUCCGAAGACAAGCACGUGUACAUUUGGUCGCAGACUGCCGAAGACAGCUCCUGGAAGCGCGAGCUGCUGCACACGUUUGACGCUCCUGUGUGGCGUGUGAGCUGGUCUGUCACUGGUAACGUGCUGGCUGUGUCUUCGGGUGACCACAAGGUCACUCUAUGGAAGGAGACGCUCGACAAGAAAUGGAUGUACAUCGCGCUGCAGCUGCAGGAGGCCAAGCAGAAGAGCGCGGCCAAGGACAAACGCGGCGCCAUCUUCGCACUCAAGCGCAAGAAAAUGUACGAGGCCGAGGUAGAGAAGUUGCAGGGCGCGCGUAUGACACUAGAGACGCAGGUCAUGACGCUUGAGAGCGCACACGUCAACAUGGAGACGUUUACGGCGCUGCGGUCGGGUGCAGAGCAGAUGAAGGCGAUCCACGGCCAGAUGAACGUGGACAAGGUGGACAAUAUCAUGGACGAUAUCCAGGAGGAGAUGGCUACAGCAGACGAGAUCGGACGCGCCAUCUCACAGCCGCUUGGCUCGCAGCUGUACGACGACGACGAGCUCGAGGACGAGCUGCGCGAGAUGGAAGAGCUCGAACUCGAGGAGAAGACCCUGGAGCCUGUGGCCACCACGCCAGCAGAAGCAGCCAUAGCGCCGCCCGCGACCGCUGCAGUUGCAGCCGCUGCGGCAGCGGCCACUGCCCCGUCGGCGCCACCUGCUGCGAUGGCACAGUACAACUUGCCAGACGUGCCUACACACGCUGUCGAGUCCAACAUCAAUGUGGUGGGCAAUGCGGACGAAGAUGAGCUCGAAGCUCUGCGGAAGCUCGAGGCGUCUAUGGCGCUGUAGCGCGCAUCACAUCGUAAGAAACACAAGAGCAGGAUGAGCUCUACUUCAGAUAUGUAUGGCAAUUAAAGGAAAAAAAACAAGUGACAAACGAAUGCUUUGGGUUGGGCAGAUACACGGCUGAACGUACACGAACGCCUGGUCUCCUUCUCGCCUUGCAGUCUGUUUCUUGUCUGACAGCAACCCGCUCUCCUGUCGCCUUUGCAUCUAUCUCUUGACCCACUGGAAUUUCUUACGGGCCUUAGCCUGACCGGCCUUCUUUCUCUCGA